CGGAUGUGUCGAUAGUAUUAAAUAUUGACUGCUGCAUGAACUUCUACUGCGCAUCCACAUGCUGUACUGUGACGCAGCGCACGUGACCCGGAACAGGAAAUCGGCGUGUUUACUUCAGAACUGCGCGAUUCCAGAAAGCCAGAGAAUGGACACCCGCUUUACGAGGGGGAAAUCGGCGAUCCUGGAGCGCUCGUUAACCCGGCCGAAGACCGAGGUCAGCGUGAGCGCCUUCGCCCUGCUCUUCUCCGAGAUGGUGCAGUACUGCCAGAGCCGCGUUUACUCGGUGUCCGAGCUGCAGGCGCGCCUCGCGGACCUCGGCCAGGGCGUGGGAGCGAGCCUGCUGGACGUCCUGGUGCUGCGCGAGAAGAACGGGAAGAGGGAGACGAAGGUUCUCAACAUACUGCUCUUCAUCAAGGUGUCGGUGUGGAAGGCGCUGUUCGGGAAGGAGGCCGACAAGCUGGAGCAGGCCAACGACGACGACAAGACCUACUACAUCAUCGAGAAGGAGCCGCUGAUCAACGCCUUCAUCUCGGUGCCGAAGGAGAACAGCACGCUGAACUGCGCCGCCUUCACCGCGGGCAUCGUGGAGGCCGUGCUCACCCACAGCGGCUUCCCCGCCAAGGUCACCGCCCACUGGCACAAGGGCACCACCCUCAUGAUCAAGUUCGACGAGGCGGUCAUCGCCCGCGACAAGGCCCUGGACGGCCGGUGAAGGAGGCGGGGCUAUGUGGGGGUGGGGUGGGGUGGGGGGCGGAGCCUUGCAUGUCUUGGGUGGGCAGGGCUUACUGAGUCGGUGUGCUGUUCUUCACUCUAUGGUUUUGUUUGUUUGUUUGUUCGUUUUUUUUUAACAAAUGCAGCACAGUUUCACCAACCUGUCUGCAUAGCUUAGCCUGUUCAGUGCUGGCCCACCGUAUCAGCCAAUCCAUAUACUUUAAAUGCCAGUGAAUCUGUGUGGGACUGAUCCUUAAAAAAAAAUCUUCUGUGUGACUCUGAUUAGUCGAGUGGCAUCAUGUGACAAAUGUGGGCCAAUCGCAGGUGAGCGUACCUUGUGAUCAGAGAAAAAUCACCUACCUCUUCAGCCUCUUGGGCUGGUAAAAAAAAAUAACCGACUGAGUGUCUAACCUCUGCAUCCAGAAGAUGGAAUAUCACACUGAUUCACACAUUUAUUUGUAAGACUGGUUGAUAUUAUUGGGCAUCAGUUAUAUACUGAGGGUCUGCUUAUUUGCUGGGAGAGCGGACACGCUGAACUAAAAACCUGGACUGACUGGAAUUUACCAGUAGACUUCUGUCACAUGAGUGCAGGAGUUUUCCAGCUUUGGUGUUUAUUUGUUUAAAAGAUGACAUGUUUGCUCAGAGUGUAAUUAUCCUCUGGGCCAGAACCACAAAAUGGUCUUCACGUACUGUUCUUGUUUGUACAAUGUUGACGGGUCUUAAGAAAAUUACACAUGGAUACUCCAGCACUUGUCCAGUCAGGGACUGACCUAGAAGGCUCUCUUUCCAGCCCGCGGUGUAUUAGUCCAAUGCAUGCUCAAUUAUGCUAAAUUAACAUACUCGCUUAAGAUUAGUGGUUGAUAUGGAGCUGUGCAGUCCUUGUGUUAAAUGUACCAGAAAAAAGUAUUGAUGAACAGACAGACACUGCUCUUAAAAGCAUUCUCUCAGCCCUCCCAUUGGUUAAAACCGAGUUCUGUUUUAACCCUUUCCUGCCUUCCAGACCACCUUUUUUUGAGUGCUUGGUUGUUGUAAAUAUGCUUAUCGUGCUGUGUUCCUGUUCAGAUGCGAUGCACAUGCAAUGAUUUCAGGCUUAGGCCUCGUAGUUUAGUCCACUCUUUGGACUUGAAUGUCUGUUCUAUGAGGAACAAUAGGGAUUGGUGGUCUAGGGGCCAGACUGUUCAAACCUCUGUUAAGGUUGCUGUAGUUUUCCCAUGAAGUCCUACUGUUUGUAUGUGCAGUCUUAGAAUAAAAUAAAUAUACAAAUAAAAA